CAAAAUGUAAUUAUAAACUUUUCAAAAAGUAAACGGAAGUACUACAAUUGCUAUUCCAUCCAUUUUAGACUCUUUAAACCAUCUCGAAGACUCUUAAACCUUUUAUUUGUGGUCUGAAAGAUCACUAAUCAAUAAUCAUGGCGGACGAAGAUCUUAUUAACAAGAUCGAAGAAACUACCAUCGAUGCUAAACGCCAUCAACAACAAACUCUGGCCACAAUCCUACACAUAAAUGGUAGGGUUGAAUACCUCCGCCAAUUUCUGAAAAUCACCAAUAAUCACUUCACUGUUGAUAAUUUCCGACAGCUUGUACCGUUAUCUACUUACGAUGAUUAUGCCGAUCAUAUUAAUCGAAUGGCGGAAGGAAUUUCUGAUGACGAUGAUCAUGAUCAUGGCCGGCACUUCCUAUCCGUUGACCCUCUUCUCUGUUUCUUCCUGAGUUCAGGGACAAGCAAUAUGAAACCAAAGCUGAUACCGUAUUUUGAUUCAGCGGCUUCUAAGGCAGUCUCAUUCUUGGCUCAUCAUGGUAGCUCUGCCAUUCAGCGCAGGUUGUUCCCCCAGAGACCAACAGUUAACAAGAGCCUAUGGUUUAUAUACGCAGGCAAUGUCACAGUUACAAAAAGUGGGUUCAAGGCAAUGCCUGCAUCUUCUGUACCUUUGUCAGGUAAUAAAGAAACUCAGUCUCAGUUCCUUUCAACAUGCAUUGCUCCUGCAGAAGUAGUUAAGGGUUCAAAUCUACAACAACAAAUGUAUUGUCACUUACUAUGUGGACUAAGUAAGUUUGAGAUAAUUGAUUCAAUUCGAGCCCCAUAUGCUAUUGGAUUGAUUAAGGCAUUCUCCCUUCUUCAUACAAAAUGGGAGCAGCUUUGUAAGGAUCUUGAAUCCGGGACUGUUACAUCUGAAAUUACAGAUGUUGCAAUGAGAGACUCGGUGAAUGAGUUCCUCUGUGGGCCCCAUCCAGAAAUCGCCCAAAGGGUUAGUGCUAUGUGUCAAGAAAAAUCUUGGGAUGGAAUCUUAGCUAAGCUAUGGCCAAAUGCUAGAUUUAUCAGGUGUAUUAUGACAGGGAGUAUGCAACAGUAUUACCCGAAACUGAAACAUUAUGCAGGAAGCCUACAAUUGUUAGGUGGAGAGUAUUUCACUUCAGAAUGUUGUGUGGGGAUCAACAUGGACAUUCUGCAACCUCCUGAGAUGACUCGUUAUGUCAUUCUUCCAACAGCCGCGUACUUUGAGUUUCUGCCAUUCGAUUUGGAUGUAAAUAAUGACUCAAUAAGAAAAGAAACAGUUGCUUUGCCCGAGGUGGAAAUUGGGAAAAUGUAUGAAGUAGUUGUGACUACGUAUAGAGGACUAUAUCGGUAUCGUUUAGGGGAUAUCAUUAAAGUAGUAGGAUUCCAUAAUUCAUCUCCUGAAGUUGAGUUUGUCAUGAGAGCUCCUAAAGAUCUUAAAGAAGUUUUGACUGAGAGAGAUUUAAUGAGAGCAAUUCAGAAUUUGGAGCUUGCUGUAGGAAGUCUGGUGACUGAACAGAUCAUAGAGUUUUCCGCGUUCAUGGACUUGGAAUCCGAGUCUAAACUAGUGAAGAUCUUCGUUGAGUUUGCUUGCGGGUGUGCGCUUCUGCGUCAGGAGAAGAAAAAAGAGUUGAUUCUACUUCUUGAGAGUUGUCGGUCCACUAUCGAAGAUGGAUUGGGAGCCUUUUAUAAAUUGAAGAAGGAGAGUAGUAAAAUUAAGACUCUAGUGCUUUCGAUUGUGAAAUCGGGCACCUUUGAUUUGUUGUUACAAAAGGCCAUUGAAAAUGGUGCUCCUGCUAGUCAGUAUAAGCCACCUAAAAUAAUCAGAAGUCGGAAAAUUGCUGAUUUCAUGGAUGCAAGUUCAGCUUUGACAGUAACAUUCAAUUGAAAUCUUAAGAGAUGCAUCAUACAUGUAAAUUUUUUAAAUGCAAAUUCUGUGUAUUCAUGUCACCGAACCAAUCUUUUAGGAUUAUAGCUUUGGCAUUGUUAUUGUACAUGUGAUGUAUUCAUGUCACUGACCCCAAUCUUCAAGGAUUAUAGCUUUGACAUUGUUAUUGUACAUAUUGUGUAUACAUCAAUACAUGUCACCGACCCCAAUCAUUUAGGAUUAUGGCUUUGGCAUUGUUGUUGUACAUUCUGUGUAUUCGGUAGUUUGUUGCGUGUGACAUUGAAUUGUAUGUAAUGCAUAAAUUCUUAUGAGGAAAGAAAUAACAAUUGUUCUUAUUUAAAA